GUCCGUUCGCGAUUGCGUUCUCAAUACCACGUCCCGUCUCGUUUCGUCUCGUAUCCCCACCUGCGUCGUGCUCCACCUGCGCCGCCGCCUCCGUCACUGUCAGCUCCAACGUCGAGAGUCGAAGUGUGGUCUAACCUUUAAGCCUUCUGGUUUGGCCCGAUUUCCCUGGGUUCAGUGCACGAGUAAAUCCAAAAUAAUAUUAGCUGAAAGCUUCCACGAGUGUUCGUCUAGAAAGAAAACCAGAAUACAACCGAACCACCACUGCACGUCAACGACACCACCGAUCGCAGCAAUAGCUGCCACACAGCACAACCUCCCAAAACCUAAAGCGAUCCCAGCAGCAGGAUGGAUCUGAAACACAGCGGCACUGGAGCUGCUGAGAACACUGAUUCCUAUAUUGCUGCCAGUAAAUCCACAGACAUGAUCUCGCCCAAGGAGAAGGAGAGUAAGGCGGUUAAGGUGGGAGGGGGAGUGGGCGUGAGCACGGGCAACGCUCCGCCAGAAGGCUACAAAGUCUACGCCCGACGCUGGGCGGUGCUCAUUCUCUUUGUGUUGUAUUCAGCAUCGAAUGCCAUGCAAUGGAUACAAUACACCAUCAUCAACAACAUAAUCACACGCUACUAUGGCAUUAGCGAUAAAUGGGUGGACUGGACAUCCAUGAUUUAUAUGAUCCUGUAUAUACCGCUCAUAUUUCCUGGCAGUUGGUUCUUGGACAAAGUGGUAAGUGGGAAGCAGACGCCGAGGCGGGGCCACUCUUUAUAA